GAUUGGCCGCGGGACGGCACUUCCGGGCGCCCUCGCGCUGGGCCCGACGGCGCCUGCGCGCUGCGGAGCCGGCCGGCCGGGACGGGACGGGACGGGGCGGGGCCGGCGAACUUGUGUGCCUCGUCGUCCCGGGACGCCGCGGGCCACCGGGCAGGCGGCCGGCACCAUGAAGAUCUGGACUUCGGAGCACGUCUUUGACCACCCAUGGGAAAUGGUUACCACGGCUGCAAUGCAGAAAUACCCAAACCCCAUGAACCCGUGCGUGGUCGGCGUUGACGUGUUGGACAGACAUGUUGAUCCCUCUGGAAAACUGCACAGCCACAGACUCCUCAGCACAGAGUGGGGCUUGCCUUCCAUUGUGAAGUCUCUUAUAGGUGCAGCAAGGACGAAAACAUAUGUGCAGGAGCAUUCUGUGGUUGACCCGGUAAAGAAGACUAUGGAGCUCAAGUCCACCAACAUCUCAUUUACAAAUAUGGUCUCAGUAGACGAGAGGCUCACAUACAAGCCACACCCCCAGGACCCAGAGAAAACGGUCUUGACCCAGGAAGCCAUCAUCACCGUGAAAGGGGUCAGCCUCAGCAGCUACCUUGAAGGGCUCAUGGCCAGCACCAUAUCUUCCAAUGCUAACAAAGGCCGAGAAGCAAUGGAGUGGGUGAUACAUAAACUGAACGCUGAGAUUGAAGAAUUGGCAGCAUCAGCAAGAGGAGGCAUACGGACACCAAUGGCGGCCGCCGCAGCAUUUGUGGAAAAAUGACAGCAGAAAUAGGUGCAGCUACAGGGCCCCCAGGACUCUCCAGGCUGACAUCAUAUUUAUUAUUUAAAGGAUACAGCUGUUUUAGGUAGA